AAAUAAAAUGAAGUCAGUGAGUUGUACGUUGUACUACAGAAGGUUGUGCGCAUGUUUAUUUAAAGCUUACUGACGUGUGUGUACAAUUGCGCGCGCAAUGAAUCAGGCACCAGUGUCGUGUAUUCCAGCCGGAAAGAUGUCAAAGGCAAAGAAGGUGCUCGAUGAGGCCCGCGAGAUCCAGAAUCCAGAGCUGGAUCUCGCGGAUAAGAGUAUCUCAACAUUCGAAGAGAUGCCAGGAUUGCUUAAUAUGAUUAAUAUCACUAGGUUGACUUUAAGUCAUAAUAAAAUUCAAGCUGUACCACCAGGUCUUGCAAAUCUAGUCAAUUUGGAAAUAUUAAAUCUAUUUAAUAAUCAUAUUACUGAACUUCCAAUUUCAUUGUCGCAAAUGCCAAAGUUACGAAUUCUUAAUGUAGGAAUGAACAGAUUAGAUGUACUUCCACGCGGAUUUGGUGCAUUUCCAGUAUUAGAAGUUUUAGAUUUAACAUAUAAUAAUCUAAGUGAGAAGAAUUUACCUGGAAAUUUUUUUAUGAUGGAAACCUUAAGAGCACUUUAUUUAGCUGAUAAUGAUUUUGAGUAUCUACCUCCUGAAAUUGGACAAUUAAAAAAUUUACAAAUUCUUGUACUAAGAGAAAAUGAUCUAGUCGAAUUACCAAAAGAAAUUGGAGAAUUAACAAGAUUAAGAGAAUUACAUAUUCAAGGAAAUCGAUUGACAGUUCUACCUCCAGAAAUAGGAAAUUUGGAUUUAGUAAGUAAUAAAGCAGUGUUUAGAAUGGAAUUUAAUCCAUGGGUUACACCAAUUGGUGACCAGUUGCAAGUAGGCAUAUCUCAUGUUAUGGAUUACAUUCGUUCUGAAACAUAUAGAUAUGUAUAUAAUCGACACCAAAGUGCUAAAGGACCUCCACCACCAAUUGAAAACGACAAGAGUAAGAAAAUAUCCCGUGUUCGUUAAAAUAGAACAGAAAAUGUUUAACUAACAUUUAAAGAUUUGAACUAACAUAAUUUUUUUUAAUUUACUCACUGCCAAUAAUUUGUAACAUAUUUGCAAUCAAAAUGGUGCCUUAACAUAGAGAUAAAUCUUUGAAUAAUAUAAAUUUAUUAUGCAUUUGAAUUUUUGAUCUAUAAUUAUGAUAUAUAUAUAACAUAUGUAAAUUAUAUAUUAUAUAAUGUAUUGUUAUAUGAUUUAAAUUUGACAGUUUAAUAUAUAAUAAGUACUAUUUUUAUAAUAAUUAAUCAAUUAUUAUAUAAUAAACUAUAUUUUAGAAUAACAA